CGGCGCAGCAGCUGGGGCUCGGGCCGCCCUUUCCUGGCCCACCCUUCUCCAUCCUCUCAGUGUUUCCCGAGCGCCUCGGCUUCUGCCAGCACCACGACGACGAGGUGCUGCACCUGUACUGUGACACUUGCUCCGUGCCCAUCUGUCGUGAGUGCACAAUGGGCCGGCACGGGGGCCACAGCUUCAUCUACCUCCAGGAGGCGCUGCAGGACUCACGGGCACUCACCAUCCAGCUGCUGGCAGAUGCCCAGCAGGGACGACAGGCAAUCCAGCUGAGCAUCGAGCAGGCCCAGACGGUGGCGGAACAGGUGGAGAUGAAGGCGAAGGUUGUGCAGUCGGAGGUCAAAGCGGUGACUGCGAGGCAUAAGAAGGCCCUGGAGGAGCGCGAGUGCGAGCUGCUGUGGAAGGUAGAAAAGAUCCGCCAGGUGAAAGCCAAGUCUCUGUACCUGCAGGUGGAGAAGCUGCGGCAAAACCUCAACAAGCUUGAGAGCACCAUCAGUGCCGUGCAGCAGGUCCUGGAGGAGGGUAGAGCGCUAGACAUCCUGCUGGCCCGAGACCGGAUGCUGGCCCAGGUGCAGGAGCUGAAGACCGUGCGGAGCCUCCUGCAGCCCCAGGAAGAUGACCGAGUCAUGUUCACACCCCCUGAUCAGGCACUGUACCUUGCCAUCAAGUCUUUUGGCUUUGUUAGCAGCGGGGCCUUUGCGCCACUCACCAAGGCCACGGGCGAUGGCCUCAAGCGCGCCCUCCAGGGUAAGGUGGCCUCCUUCACAGUCAUUGGUUAUGACCACGAUGGUGAGCCCCGUCUCUCAGGAGGUGACCUGAUGUCAGCUGUGGUCCUGGGCCCUGAUGGCAACCUGUUUGGUGCAGAGGUGAGCGAUCAGCAGAAUGGGACAUACGUGGUGAGUUACCGGCCCCAGCUGGAGGGUGAGCACCUGGUAUCUGUGACACUGUGCAACCAGCACAUUGAGAACAGCCCUUUCAAGGUGGUGGUCAAGUCAGGCCGCAGCUACGUGGGCAUUGGGCUCCCGGGCCUGAGCUUCGGCAGCGAGGGUGACAGCGAUGGCAAGCUCUGCCGCCCUUGGGGCGUGAGUGUAGACAAGGAGGGCUACAUCAUCGUUGCCGACCGCAGCAACAACCGCAUCCAGGUAUUCAAGCCCUGCGGCGCCUUCCAUCACAAAUUCGGCACCCUGGGCUCCCGGCCUGGGCAGUUCGACCGACCAGCCGGGGUGGCCUGUGACACCUCACGCAGGAUCGUGGUGGCUGACAAGGACAAUCAUCGCAUCCAGAUCUUCACCUUCGAGGGCCAGUUCCUCCUCAAGUUUGGUGAGAAAGGAACCAAGAAUGGGCAGUUCAACUACCCUUGGGAUGUGGCGGUGAAUUCUGAGGGCAAGAUCCUGGUCUCAGACACGAGGAACCACCGGAUCCAACUGUUUGGGCCUGAUGGCAUCUUCCUAAAUAAGUAUGGCUUCGAGGGGGCUCUCUGGAAGCACUUUGACUCCCCACGGGGUGUGGCCUUCAACCAUGAGGGCCACUUGGUGGUCACCGACUUCAACAACCACCGGCUCCUGGUGAUUCACCCUGACUGCCAGUCGGCACGCUUUCUGGGCUCGGAGGGCACGGGCAAUGGGCAGUUCUUGCGCCCACAAGGCGUAGCCGUGGACCAGGAAGGGCGCAUCAUUGUGGCAGAUUCCAGGAACCAUCGGGUACAGAUGUUUGAAUCCAACGGCAGCUUCCUGUGCAAGUUCGGCGCUCAAGGCAGCGGCUUUGGGCAGAUGGACCGCCCUUCUGGCGUCGCCAUCACCCCCGACGGAAUGAUCGUGGUGGUGGACUUUGGCAACAAUCGAAUCCUAGUCUUCUAAUUGCAUUUCCUAGGUUUCUGUGUUUGGGGUGUGUGUGCGUCUCUCUCCCUCUCUUUCUCUCUCUCUCUUUUUGAAUUUCAAAGAAGAAACAGUCUCAGGGAAAUUUCUUUUUUCUUUUUUUUUUAAAAGAGAACAAGAAAAGUACAACAUUGCUUAAGUCCUACCUCAUCUUUAUUUUUUUACAGAUGAAUGUACUUAUCUUUUCUGCAGGGAUUGAGCCUGUGAAGUGAUAAUUUCUAUCUACCUCAUAAAUCUUUACAUUUCCUUCUGCAGCAGGCCCUCUUCCCCUCCUCAGUGGAGUUUGCAUUUCCCUCUUCCCCUGCGUGGGGCAUGAUAUGCACAAGCCUGGCAUCCGUAUGGCUGGGAGGGCACUGGAUGUGUGUGGUGGGGUGUAUUCUGUAGAUUGAGCCAAGGAAACACAAAAAAAAACUACUAAGUAAAAAAA